AUGACGAUCCGCGAUCACUUUAUGAAGGCGAGCGAGCUCAGCACGACCGACCCGAUGGCGUCGCACUUGCUCGGCCGCUUUACGCUUUGCAUUUGCUCAACACAUCGCUCAUGCCUGUCGUGGGUCGAGCGUGCGGCGGCGCGUGGCCUCGCCGGCCACCUCGCGCCGCACUCGUCGUUCAAAGACGCGCUCGCCAACUUUCUCAAGUCGGAAGAGAUGCGCCCGGGCCACCUCAAGAUGAACACGUGGUACAUUGUGCAGACGUACGUCAAGCUCAAGCAGAAGAAGGAGGCCAAGGAGUGGGCGGCCAAGGUCGUUGCGAUGCCCAACCUCCUCGACGAAGACCACGACAUUGAUGCGCUCGCCAAGGCUUAUUUGAACCACGACUGGCGCGGCCUAGCCAAGCAUAUAGUCAAGGUGGCGACACAAUGAGAGGUUGAAGUAUGUUUGACAGGCCGCCUCGUCGUUCCCAAGCCACCUGGUAGCCCACCAACGAGGUGUGUACACGCCCCAUUUUCAAGGCGCAGCGUAGCCGACUCGUAAUCUUGAGUGAUGUGAAGAGUGGCAAGAGUAUUUUGUUUCUUCGAGCACCAAUAAAGAUGCGUAAUUGCC